AUGGGUGUCACUUUUGACAAGUGCGAGACACGGCCGGCUCACAUUGAAGCCAUCCUCAACGGCCUCGACAGAUACAACCCAGAGACUACGACAGUAUUCCAGGACUAUGUUUCUCAGCAGUGUGAGGAACGGACGUUUGACUGCUAUGCUAACCUGGCUCUUUUGAAGCUAUACCAAUUCAACCCUCAUCUCCUCCAGCCCGAGGUUGUCACCAACGUCCUCGCUAAGGCUCUCACCGUCUUCCCCUCUCCGGCUUUCUCUCUCUGCCUUUCUCUCCUUCCCGCACACACCCAGCCUUUCGCAGAAGCACAAAACACCUCUCAAACAUCCGACUUUGUCGAAUCCGUUCAAAAGCUUGCCCGCCUCUCCACUCUCCUCGAGUCUGCACAAUACGCCCAGUUCUGGUCGACCCUGAACUCGGAUGAUUUGUACGCAGACCUUGUUGCUGAUGUCGCCGGGUUUGAGGAGCUCGUGCGCAUCCGCAUUGCCAUUGAGGUUGGCAAGACCUUCCGCCAGAUUGACGCCGAUGUGCUCGAGGCAUGGCUUGACCUGAGAAAUGGCGAAGCUCUUGAGAAGUUCGUCACUGAGGUCUGCAACUGGGAGAUCGAGAAGUCCGGCUCCAGUGUUGUUGUCAAGGUGCCCACCAACAAAGAGAACGAGGCCCGCAGUGAAGUCAAGAGUGAACGCGUCGGCAUCGAGCAGUUCGGCCGUGUGCUCAGACGGGGGUUUGAGCAGGCUGCAUAA